UUUCUUCCACUCGUACGCCAUCUCUCUCUCACCCCCUUCCCUCUCUCCUCCUCCCUUCCUUCUGUCACCAACAAUCCUCUCUGUCCCUCAAUUUCUUCAUGUCUUCCUUCUAGGGCUUCCUUUUCGGACGUGCACGUAUUCCGGCGUACGACGAAGUUCAGGUUGUCAGGCUUGUAAAAGAACUUGUUAUUUCUCAUACACCUACCACCCCAAUAUGGGAUCUUCUGUGGAUUUCAUCUAUUGGCUUGAUCCUGACAUGUCGCACAAGAUUCUCACGUGUCUGGAUGAUCCGUCUGACCUUGUCCGAGUUAGUUGUGUCUCGCGUUCUUGGCGACACUAUGUGAUUAGAAAAGGUCUUUGCAAACAGCUAUGCUUGAGAAUGUUUCCUCAAUUAUCUAGAGCCUCAUAUGUUGUUGAAAUGAAUAAAAGUGGAUCAAAGGAACCUGAAGUUGGAUCUAGCUAUUCUAUGGAAUGCCAAUCUCUAGAAAAGGACCAUAGAGUCUAUGCUUAUUUAGCUAGAGCCUGCACAUCAUUUGCUAUUGUGGGUUGCAUUCAAGAGACAAUUGGUGCUUCUAGCACUGAUAAUUUUCCAGAGGAAAGCAUUGAUAAUACAUUAGAUGCAAGAGAUGAUAUUGGUGGGAGAGCUUCGUACUGGUCCAGUAAAGGGCAAAAAAAUCCUGACGUGCCUGAGACACUAACUUACAAGUUGGUCUGCCCAAUUUGUGUUAUUACGGAAAUUAGUGUUCACCCUUUCCAAGCCUUUUUUCAGCCAGGGUUUCCUAUAUAUUCAGCAAAAUCUGUUCGAAUCAAAAUGGGUCAUCCUAAUCGCUCUUUAGACACCUCUGCUGAUGAAAAGUAUGUAUGGACCUACAUUUCUCCGGAGUUUCCAAUGGCUCAGGAAAACCGGUUACAGAAGUUCAAGCUGCCACAACCAGUGCUUUGUAUUGGUAGGAUCUUGCAGAUUGAGCUUUUGGGAAGGAUUCAGAGACAAGAAAUGGACAACUUGUUCUACAUUUGUGUCUCUCAUGUUCAAGUUGUGGGCCGCCCACUGUCUCCUGCGUUUAGUGUUGAAAUUCGUGAACCAUCUUCUGGAACAUUUCUGCUCAAGUGUGAUCAGCUGGCCAAGUGUCCCACCCAACCAGCCUUUUCUAACGAGUCUCAUGCGAUACCCCCUGAUUAUGUGCAGAGGCGAAUUAGAGAUUUUCAACAGAUUGUGACAAUGUUGCGGGAAAAUGUUGUCGAGGUUGUCGAAGAAGAGGAUUGGGAUGAGGAUGAGGAAGUUGAUGACUUUGAAGACGCAUAUGCCCUUUGAUCUUUUUUUAUGCCUAAUAAGUGCUUUUAUAAUCCCCUCCCAAAACAAUAAAGAAAAGGGGGACAUAGUAUCUCUCCAGGUAUGGUUUGGUUUGCACCGCAAUCGUUAUCCUUUUUGUCCUCUUUUGUGUGUGUAGCCUUUGAUUAAAUGCUUACCUUUGGAAUUGAAGUUAAAGUUCCCUGCCCUGUGGUCUAAUUUCUGAAUUAAUUUAGGCAUCUACUUUUCUGGUU